CAUGCUGUCCGCGCUGCGGGUGCGGGGCCAGCAUAGACCCCGAUGCACGCUCUGGACAGUUGGGGGAAGCGUCGGUUUCAGCAACAGCUCCCGACGCCACUGAAACGAGCCGUCGGUAACGGGCUUGCAGGGGCGAGGCAAGGCGCCGUGCAGAGGAACAAGUGGAAGAACGGUAGGAGGCUUUCCUCCCGAGGCGGAGGAUGGUUGCGAGGGAUGAGCCCAGUUGAGAAAAGGCGUCCGAGGGAUGCCCCGUUAUUCCUGAGCUGCUGCUGCUGCUGCUGCUGAAGUGGUGGAAGGUUUUGUGAGAGGUUUUUUUUUUUCCCCUUGGGCGGUGGGGCGCCGGGGGCUGUCUGCACCAACCCAACCACGCACUUCUCUGCCUCUGCUCCGGGAUCCACCCAGUCCUUUUAUCCCGGAGGUUUGGUGAGGGCACUUUAUUUGCCCCUCUGCCCCGCCCCAGCCCGCCCGUCCCUCUCGGUGUGUGUGCUCGCCCUGGGUGCGUCGUCCAGACAGUUGUACUGUACUUUACUCUCUCCUCUCCUCCUUUCCGGGCUCUUGUUCUCAAAUCGUCCCGGCUGCCCUGCCUUCUCCAAGCGAGAAAGGCGCGCCUUGUUCUCUGGGGAAAAUACAAGUACCACCGCCAAUGGAACCUGUUUUGCGACGGGCGCUUCGUGGGGCAAGGAAGCUACCGUUCCCAUUGUAUUUGGCUGGACGCCUGUGAGGGGGCCCCCUCUCCGUUUUCCAGGGUCUUCUGGAGGGUGACUGGUCUUCUGGAGGGUGACUCGAAUGCCGCUUUUUACAAGCUCCGAUGUCAAUUUCUAUCCUUUGCCCCAGUCACUUGAGUGUACGCGUGGCUGUUCGUCCACGAAGAAGGACGCCGCCUCCCCGGUCCUCUGAAGGAAGACCACUUUGCCCGAAGGUGCCUCUGUGAACCGACAGAAUUCCACGUUGAACUAAGGCUGAAGAUUGUCGCUGGGCUGUAAAACUACCGGAACUCUCCUCCCCUCUCUGCUUAGCCUGCCUCGCUUGCCUCCACCUGGGAAAGAUAUCGAGGAGUGAAAGCUAAGGGUUUUGUUGACCUCAGAAUGCUCCACUCCAUCUUGGGAGACUCUCCUUUCUUCUGAACAAGAACUGGCAGAAGAAACUUUGGGGGAAGGAAGGGCUGCCAUUUCUCUUUACACAAAAGCUCUUGUUGCUGGAUUCUGAAAGCUGUUUGAAUCUCCUGGAGACUCAGUUGCCUACCUGGCACACAGGAGCAAUUGUUUUGGUCGAGGAAAGGGGUUAUUUAAGGACCCUGGGGGAUUGAGGGACAGGUCCUGCUUAAAGAGACUUCAAGGGUACUCUUGCCUCAUUUCACCUGCAGAGGUGCUCUGAGCAAGCUUGAGGAUUUCCCCCCAGGGUACUUGGAAGCUGCAUCUUUCUUGCUGUGACAUCAGGAAGAAACUUUGCCCACCAAAAUGUCCAAAGUGGCGGCUUCCAGUGGAGCUGGAACCCCAGCAGCAUCAGAGAGUUGUGGGGCAGGGCUGGCUGAAGACCUCUCUAAGGUGUCUGAUGAGGACCUGCUGAAAUGGAGCAAAGAAGAUCUCAUUCGUAGCCUUCGUAAAGCUGAGUCAGAGAAAGUGAGUGCCAUGCUGGAUCACAGCAACCUCAUCCGGGAGGUCAACCGCCGCCUGCAGCUCCACCUGGGCGAGAUCCGGGGACUUAAGGACAUUAAUCAGAAAUUGCAGGAAGACAACCAGGAGCUGCGAGACCUUUGUUGCUUCUUGGAUGAUGACCGGCAGAAAGGCAAAAAAGUAUCCCGUGAAUGGCAGAGGCUUGGGAGGUAUAGUGCCAGCAUGAUGCAUAAAGAGGUUGCCUUAUAUUUGCAAAAGCUGAAGGAACUGGAAGUAAAGCAGGAAGAAGUGGUGAAGGAAAAUUUGGAACUGAAAGAGCUUUGUGUCUUGUUGGAUGAAGAAAAGGGUGGUGUUGCUGGCUGCCGAAAUUCAAUUGAUAGUCAAGCCAGUCUUUGCCAAUUAAAUGCCACAAGUACAUUUAUAAGGGAUGUUGGAGAUGGGAGUAGUACCUCCAGUACUGGGAGCACUGAUAGUCCUGAUCACCAUAAGCACCAUUCAAGCUCAAGUCCUGAGCACCUUCAGAAAACAAGGAGUGAGGGAAGUCCUGAGCAUCAAAAGCACCAGAGUGCUAGCCCUGACCACCUCCACAAACCUCGAAGUUCUGGAAGUCCUGACCACCAGAAGCAUCUUAAAGGACCAAGUCCAGAGCAUCAUAAAACCUUAACCAAAGGUACUUCAGAGCAGCAGAAGCACAGUUGUAGCAGUCCAGAAACACUGCCAAAGCACAUGUUGAGUGGGAGCCCAGAACUCUUUCAAAAGCAUAGGCCUGGGAGCAGUCCAGAGCACCAAAAGCACAGCAGCAGUGGAAGCCCUGAACUUCUUCAAAAGCAUGCUCUGAGCGGAAGCUCAGAACACCUCCCAAAAGUGAGAGGCACAAGUCCUGAGCAUCUCAAGCAGCAUUACGGGGGAAGUCCUGAGCACCUCAAACAUUUGGGCAAUGGUAGCAGAGAAGGCACUUUAAGGAGACAAGUUGCAGAUGAUCAGUCACCCCAUCAUAGGGGUCUCUACAAUGGGAUGAAUGAAUCAACCUUGUCCUAUGUUAGGCAGCUGGAAGCAAGAGUAAGACAGCUGGAGGAGGAAAAUCGCAUGCUGCCCCAGGAUCCCAUUAGGAUGCCAUCAGAGGCAGAUGGGAAUGUCUGUUCUCCGAGCCAUCCAGCUAGCUUCAAUGAACAGGCCUCCUUAUCUUCUCAGCAGCCUGAAGCGAUGGUUAAUGCCCUCAAGGUUGUGUGGAGGAAACUUGGAGAUGCUGCAGGCUCGUGUCCUGGAAUUAGACAUCACUUGUCUGGAAGCCAGUACAAAGGGCCAAUGUGAAUGGCUGUCAAAACGAAGAAGGAUUCCAAGUAUCAGUGGACGUCACAGCAACCCUUUUAGUAGUAAUGAGACAAUGCCAAACACUUUCUUGGCCACCACUGGAAAAUAGAACAGUCUUUUUCUCCAUAUACUUUUAUGUGAUGUAUCCAGAUCUGUAACUAAUAUACACAAUUCUGCUUUUGCCACAAGCAUUUUCAACACACGCACACACACACACACACACACACACAAAGUUAGAGAUAUAUAUAUACAGGAGGGUAUAGCUAACAAUCAUCAAGGUUGUUCACAUUAAUCCAGAUGGAAAACACUCAGAAAAAGUGCUUUUGUAAAAAACAAAACAAAACAAGAAAAGGCAAAAAAUUAAGUAGAUGAUGAGAUUCCAAUGAACUGUGCUCUUGGUCUUCACAGUUUGAAAAAAAAAAGUCUUGCA